AUGAGUCGAGUCUGUAUUGUUGUUUUGGAGGAGGUAGAAGAUGAUUCUCCCACAUUUAUUUCCAAAUUACCUCAGGAAAAUGUAUCUUUACGUCCAUCACCCUCUGGAAAUGUGCUGGUAAGGCAUCCACCAUUGGUUCAAGCUAUAUUUAAUGGAGAUCCUGAUGAAGUUCGAGCACUGAUAUUUAAGAAAGAAGAUGUUAAUUUUCAGGAUAAUGAGAAAAGGACCCCUUUACAUGCUGCUGCCUAUCUGGGAGAUGCAGAAAUUAUUGAACUACUUAUUUUAUCUGGAGCUAGAGUUAAUGCCAAAGACAGCAAAUGGUUAACUCCUUUACACAGAGCUGUGGCAUCUUGUAGUGAGGAUGCUGUUCAGGUGUUGUUAAAGCAUUCAGCAGAUGUCAAUGCUCGUGAUAAAAACUGGCAGACGCCCCUACAUAUCGCAGCUGCAAAUAAAGCUGUGAAAUGUGCUGAAGCUUUGGUGCCUCUUCUAAGCAAUGUAAAUGUGUCUGAUCGAGCAGGUAGAACUGCAUUGCAUCAUGCAGCCUUCAGUGGACAUGUUGAGAUGGUCAGCUUACUGUUGUCUAGAGGGGCCAAUAUUAACGCAUUUGACAAGAAAGACAGACGAGCUAUACAUUGGGCAGCAUAUAUGGGUCAUAUUGAAGUUGUGAAAUUACUUGUGGCCCAUGGAGCUGAAGUGACAUGCAAAGACAAGAAAUCGUAUACACCCUUACAUGCUGCAGCAUCUAGUGGGAUGAUCAGUGUAGUCAAAUAUCUUCUAGACCUUGGAGUUGAUAUGAACGAACCAAAUGCUUAUGGAAAUACUCCUCUCCAUGUAGCUUGCUACAACGGGCAAGAUGUUGUAGUGAAUGAACUCAUAGAUUGCGGUGCUAAUGUAAAUCAAAUGAAUGAGAAGGGGUUUACACCUUUGCACUUUGCUGCUGCAUCAACACAUGGAGCGUUGUGUUUAGAGCUUUUGGUCUGUAACGGAGCAGAUGUAAAUAUGAAGAGUAAAGAUGGGAAAACACCUUUGCACAUGACAGCAAUCCAUGGUAGAUUUUCAAGAUCUCAAACCAUCAUUCAAAAUGGAGCUGAAAUAGACUGUGAAGAUAAGAAUGGAAAUACUCCUUUGCACAUAGCAGCUAGAUACGGCCAUGAGCUAUUAAUCAACACUCUGAUUACGAGUGGUGCUGACACUGCAAAGCGGGGUAUACAUGGGAUGUUUCCUCUCCAUUUGGCAGCAUUAAGUGGAUUUUCAGACUGCUGCAGAAAACUCCUCUCAUCAGGUUUUGACAUUGACACACCAGAUGACUUUGGCAGGACUUGUCUUCAUGCAGCUGCAGCUGGAGGGAAUUUGGAGUGCCUAAAUCUGCUGCUAAAUACUGGUGCAGACUUCAACAAAAAGGACAGAUUUGGGAGAACUCCACUCCAUUAUGCUGCUGCCAAUUGUAAUUAUCAGUGCCUGUUUGCCCUUGUGGGGUCUGGAGCUAGUGUGAACGACCUUGAUGAGAGGGGUUGUACACCUCUGCACUAUGCAGCUGCAUCAGACACAGAUGGAAAGUGCCUGGAAUACUUGCUAAGAAACGAUGCCAAUCCGGGGAUCCGAGACAAACAAGGAUACAAUGCAGUUCAUUAUUCAGCUGCUUAUGGUCAUCGCUUAUGUCUUGAAUUGAUUGCAAGCGAAACGCCUCUAGAUGUUCUAAUGGAAACAUCAGGUACUGACAUGCUGAAUGAUUCGGACAACAGAGCACCUAUAAGUCCACUGCAUUUAGCUGCCUAUCAUGGCCACCAUCAAGCGCUGGAGGUGCUGGUACAGUCACUGCUGGACCUUGAUGUGAGGAAUAAUAACGGAAGGACACCAUUGGAUCUUGCUGCCUUUAAGGGACACGUGGAAUGUGUAGAUGUGCUCAUUAAUCAGGGAGCAUCAAUCUUGGUGAAAGAUUACGUUGUAAAGAGGACCCCAAUACAUGCUGCAGCUACGAAUGGUCACUCAGAAUGUUUGCGGCUAUUGAUAGGAAAUGCAGAACCACAGAAUGCAGUGGACAUUCAAGAUGGAAAUGGACAGACUCCCCUGAUGUUGUCAGUUCUCAAUGGGCACACCGACUGCGUUUAUUCACUCCUUAACAAAGGAGCAAAUGUAGAUGCCAAAGAUAAGUGGGGAAGGACAGCAUUACAUAGAGGGGCAGUUACCGGGCACGAGGAAUGUGUGGAAGCAUUGCUUCAACAUGGUGCUAAGUCCUUAUUACGAGACUGUAGGGGGCGAACCCCUAUACACUUGUCAGCUGCAUGUGGACAUAUAGGUGUUCUAGGAGCUCUCCUGCAGUCAGCUACAUCUGCGGAUGCAGUACCUGCAAUAGCAGACAAUCACGGCUACACAUCACUGCAUUGGGCCUGCUAUAAUGGUCAUGACAGUUGUGUAGAGCUCCUCCUGGAACAAGAAGUUUUCCAGAAAAUGGAAGGAAAUUCUUUCACUCCGUUGCAUUGUGCUGUGAUAAAUGAUAAUGAAGGUGCUGCAGAAAUGUUAAUUGAUACGCUAGGUGCUGGUAUUGUAAAUUCAACAGAUUCAAAAGGAAGAACUCCUCUUCAUGCAGCAGCUUUUACAGAUCACGUUGAGUGUCUACAGCUUCUGCUCAGUCACAAUGCUCAAGUAAAUGCUGUAGAUUCUUCGGGGAAAACACCUUUAAUGAUGGCUGCAGAAAAUGGACAGACGAAUACAGUUGAGGUGCUGGUUAGCAGUGCUAAAGCUGAUCUGACUUUGCAAGACAGUUCUAAGAACACAGCACUCCAUUUGGCUUGCAGCAAGGGUCAUGAAACUAGUGCCUUGUUAAUACUGGAGAAGAUUACGGAUAGAAACCUCAUCAAUGCCACCAAUGCAGCCUUGCAAACACCUCUGCAUGUUGCUGCUCGGAAUGGACUAACGGUUGUAGUUCAAGAGCUUUUAGGGAAGGGAGCAAGUGUACUUGCUGUAGAUGAAAAUGGUUACACACCAGCUUUGGCCUGUGCGCCCAACAAGGACGUGGCUGAUUGCCUAGCUCUCAUUCUGGCCACGAUGAUGCCCGUUUCGUCGAGCAGCACGUUACCUUCCCUUACAUUCAAUGCCAUUAAUCAUUACACCAACACCUCAAAAACUGUCACCUUCGAUUCCUUGCCAAUCAUGAGGAGUGACCAUAGCUCCUACUGUACUUUCAACAACAUUGGCAGGGAAGGUGGCUACCCGUAUACAGAAGAAGACGAACUCAAUGACUCAGAUUCUGAGACCUAUUAGAAGUUACGUUUUGUAGGUCUGAAGUGAACCCUCAUGCUGGAAGGUCAGACUUGUGCUUUUGAAAAAAAAGCUAUCAGUGUUUGAAUACAAAAAGAGGACAGACCUUUGAGAAGAUGUUUUUUAUUGUGGUUGCAUAUAAAAAAAUCUGUGAGACUCUAGGAGGAUUUUUAAGAGCAUAUUUUGCAGAAGAAACAUAAAUUCUUGAAUAAGUACUUGGAAUCCAUGGCAAAAAAAAAAAAAAUAAUGUCAAAACUUUUAUUUAACUGUAUUCUACCAUUCUGGUUUUGGUGCCAGAAGUAAUUUCUGCAGACAGGGCACCCUACUUGAUGUAAAUGAACAACACUAUUGUACAACACAAAGGAUGCUAGAUUUAAAUAUUAUCAAUAAAAUGAAAACCAUUUUGAAGGCAAUAAAUGAGUUUGGUACAGUAGGCAUUGUUUGUGCUGCAAAUUGCCAAAGGACCAAAUAACUUAAAGAUUUUUUUUUUUUUUAAUUAAAUAUGUUUUUGUGAA